UCAUCGCGCGGGUGAGCGGGCGGGGUCGGGCGGUUUGAACUAGACGAAGACGGAACCGGAGCCGGGUACGGACAGCGGACGUGGUCCCGCGGAGAGCCGAAGAUGGCAGUGAAUGUGUACUCAACGUCCGUCACCAGCGAUAACCUCAGUCGACAUGACAUGCUGGCCUGGAUCAAUGAGUCUCUGCAGUUGAAUCUAACAAAGAUUGAACAGUUGUGCUCAGGGGCUGCCUAUUGUCAGUUUAUGGACAUGCUGUUCCCUGGCUCCAUUGCCUUGAAGAAAGUGAAAUUCCAAGCUAAGCUAGAACAUGAAUACAUCCAGAACUUCAAAAUACUACAGGCAGGUUUUAAGAGGAUGGGUGUUGACAAAAUAAUUCCUGUGGACAAAUUAGUAAAAGGAAAGUUUCAGGAUAAUUUUGAAUUUGUUCAGUGGUUCAAGAAAUUUUUUGAUGCCAACUACGAUGGGAAAGACUAUGACCCUGUAGCUGCCAGACAAGGUCAAGAAACUGCGGUGGCCCCUUCCCUUGUUGCUCCAGCUCUGAACAAACCGAAGAAACCUCUCAGCUCUAGCGGUGCAGCUCCACAGAGGCCCAUUGCAACACACAGAACUACUGCAGCCCCUAAGGCUGGCCCAGGUGUGGUGCGGAAGAAUCCUGGUGUGGGGAACGGGGAUGACGAAGCAGCCGAAUUGAUGCAGCAGGUCAACGUACUGAAACUUACCGUUGAAGAUUUGGAGAAAGAGAGAGAUUUCUACUUUGGAAAACUGAGAAACAUUGAAUUGAUUUGCCAGGAGAAUGAGGGGGAAAACAACCCUGUAUUGCAGAGGAUUGUGGACAUUCUCUAUGCCACAGAUGAAGGCUUCGUGAUACCCGAUGAAGGGGGCCCACAGGAGGAGCAAGAAGAGUAUUAACAGCCUGGACCAGCCGAGCAACAUCCGAAUUCUUCACUCCAAAUCAUGUGCUUAACUGUAAAAUACUCCCUUUUAUUAUUCUUAGAGGACUCACUGGUUUCUUUUCAUAAGCAAAAAGUACCUCUUCUUAAAGUGCACUUUGCAGAAGUUUCACUCCUUUUCCAAUAAGUUUGAGUUAGGAGCUUUUACCUUAUAGCAGAGCAGUAUUAACAUCUAGUUGGUUCACCUAGGGAACAAAGAGGCCGACCAUGGGGCUCACCAUGUGGAUGCUGGUAACACUGAUGCUGGAGAAGGGAUUUUUGCGUAAUAUACUGAGGUGGAGACCUCAGUAGAGAAAUGUAAAGACUGAUUUGAAUUUUAAGCUAAUGUGAAAUCUUGGCAGAGAACGUUUAGUAAAUAAAUGCCUUAAGAGUAUUUAAAAGAUGCUUCCAUAUUUCAAAAUAUAAAAUAUAACAUGACGGAGAUUUUAUGUGUUUGGCAUGGUGUCUGGGAAAGAAGGGCCAGAACCUGGAACCUUUGGAACCUGCAGUUCACAGCCCUUGCAGGGCUGCUUGAUCCUCGUAGGCCCAGACCUUGGCCCCAAAGGAAAGUUUAAAAAGUUGCUCUGUAAAGCUAUUUAGUGUCCUUGACCAAUUGCAUCCCUGCUCAGAAGCCAGAGGCAUUGUUGCCUGGAUGAAUAAAGGGUGAGUUUCAGCCCUGAGAUGUUUGAAGCGAAGAGCGUGAUUUUCAUUGAGCAUUUUUCUGGUGAUUUUUCCAGUUUUUCCUGAAAUUUCUAUGUAUUGUGUUUUUGUUUUUGUUUUUUAUUUUGGUUUUUUUUUUUUUUUUGAAAUGAGGUGUGUGUCCAGUUUUUAAAUCUACCAGCUACUUUUGGGGACUUGCCCACAUCUCUGGGAUUUGAAUGGGGGUUGUGUCCCGUUUUACUGUCUUUUAAGUUUACAUUAAACAUGUUCCUUCUCUGCUCCCCUUGCCCACUGGGGACUCCUCUUUGGCUCCUUGAAGUUUGCUGCUUAGAGUGGAAGUUCAGCAGGCAGGUGAUCAUGCCGCUGAGUUCUUUGUGGACCUCUGGCAAAGGGAGUGAUCAGUGAAGGCCAUCACGAUCUUGGGAUCUGCAAGGCUGGGUGUUUUCGGUACCUGCUGUCCACAGCCCUCCACUGUUAUUGGAAUACUUUGCCAGUGCACUAAUCUCUUUGGAGAUAAAAAUGUUAGCGUGUUACUAAAUGUUAAUUUUCUUUUGCAGAAAAUACAGUACCAUGUCUGAAUUAAUUAUUAAUAUUUAAAAUAUUUCAUUCCUUAACUCUCCCUCAUUUGCUUUGCCCACAGCCUGUUCAGUUCCCCUGUUUUGGCAGAAUUCUGCAAAAUGUGUGUCACCCACUACUGAGAUUGUUCGGCCCCUGAUGUUUUUGUAUUGAUUUGUUUCUGGUGGUAGCUUGUCCUAAAAUGUGUGUAGCAAGCAGGUAUUUUAUGAUAAAAUUGUUGUGUAGUGCAUGCUUUGUGUGGAAUUCAGAGGAAAACCCAGAUUCAGUGAUUAACAAUGCCAAAAAAUGCAAGUAACUAGCCAUUGUUCAAAUAACAGUGGUGCCAUUUCUCUUUUGUGGCCUUUUAGACUUUUGUUGCCCUAAAAUUCCAUUUUAUUGGGAACCCAUUUUCCACCUGGUCUUUCUUGACAGGGUUUUUUUCUACUUUAAACAGUUUCUAAAUAAAAUUCUGUAUUUCAAGAGUGUCAUGUCUUCUGAAAUUUGUCUUGCCCUGGGUAUAUUCUUUUAGGUUCAAAUGAUUAAGGUACCCAUGCUUCUUUCUUAAAUUAGGUCUAAUCUUUUGAAAUCCUUCGCUGUUUUUUCAAAUGUGCUUAUUUCUAAGCCUGUUUCUUUUUUCUCUAUUCUUUUCAGUACAUUUCUCAGUCUCCUGCUGUUUCACACUCUCCUGUUACUGUGAGAGAUCUUUCAGAAGUCCAAGGCUUAGCCUAGCUGCCAUGAAACCUUUUCAGGCUGUUUCCUCCAGAGAAAUACAGGACAGAGCUUGGUGGAUACCAUGGGGCAAUGCUUUUUUUUUUCCCCCUGAAAGUAUAUUUCAAAGUCAGUGAACACAGUCAGUCUAUAAUGUAACCUGAAAUCAUCACCAUUUUUUCUUCCCUUUUAAAAUUCUGUGCUGUAAGAGAUGAAUUCAGAAGACGACAUGCUGCCAUUUCCAGUGUGAAAGUUAAAUGGGCAGAAGGAAGUUUUCAGUAUGAUCUUUAGGGUACCCACAUAGGGCUCUGUAAACCCCACUUGAUGAUGAUGUUGCCUAGGUUUAUACACCACAUUAAUUCCUCUAGAGUUAACGUUAUGAUACCUUCCUUAAAAUGUUAGGUACCUUCAGAAGGAACUGGAUACCGUGUGUGUUGGUAAUCUACAAGAAGAUACCUCCAGGAGUGCAUGGUUUGUGAAGAUUAUGUUGAGUAAUAUCAGCUGAGAAGUUACCUUGGAAAGAGUGAAGCUGAUACUGCAUGUACCUCUGACCUAAUUAGUCCCUUGGCCGGGCUCUUUAGGCUGAGGCAACACAGAGUCUUAUAACAUGACCGAUUCAGGUUAGAUCACUGGUGCGGUAAACUUGAAGAGCUGCUUUGUUUGCUUGGCGAGGUCUGUGUUGUAUUCAGGAUAGGUAUACAGAUGACUUCUCUGGCUGGAUUAAGAUGUAGGACUCACUCGUGGUGGUCCUCAAGGUGAUGGGCAUCAGAAUCACCUGUAGAACUUGAUUGGCAUACUUCUGAAGUCCAGUCUCAGAAAUUCUGAGUCAGGAGGUUAGAAAUCUGCAUUUUACUUCGUAUCUUGGGUGAUAUGGGCUUAUUGUAGUCUUCAGACCUGUAUUUUGGCCUUAUAUUUAUGCCUACAAGUUCAAGUCUGAUUCUGGCAGGGGGGACAUCAGAGUGGAGUCCUUGUAGGUCCCUUCCAGCUUUGCGACUUUGGGCCUAAUUAAUUGAUCUCUUUUCUCGUUCUGACCUGCAUGCAGGGAUGGUGAUUUUGGCUGCAGUGUCUCCCUCACUGGGUGCUUGUUGAGAUCAGACAGAGUUGGGAAACAGAAAAGGCGACCACCCUGUUAGAAAGCCCCACUUGGGUUCUUCAAAUCCAGACUGAAAUUGUUUAUAGAUCAGAAGAGUUUUAGGACAAGGUUUGUGUAUCCUGAGAAUUCAGGAGGUUGUUCCUUAAGAGAUGCCUUGAGUGUUUUGUAAAAUAAAUAGCAAGUUCUUCUAAUGUUGCUUUUUCAGCUUUUUGGUAUUGAUGAGUCUAGGUCUUUUCAAUUUUCAGACUGAUUUUGAUCCUGUUUUUUCCCCAAGUGAAGUUAUGGUCUCAAGCACACCUUCCACCAUUUUCUUUUAAGUGAAGGUUCAGUGAUGCAGUAAUUCAGAUUUGUUGAUUUAAAAACAGGUAUUUUCUUUAGGGUUUGCUUUCUGGAAUAGUAAGUUUUGGAAAGGAAGCAGUUUUCUUUUGCUGUACCAAAAUGACUCUAGGGAAGUUUUUCUUUAAGGAUUGCUUUAUGAGAUUUGGUAUGAGCAACUCCUUUUGUGAUGUGUACCCUAGUUCACCAUAGUCUACAGGCAAAACCUAGGCUCUAGAGCCUGAUGAGCCUAAUCAGAUUAGCUUGCUAGUAUGUGGGUGACCCAAAUCUGACUGCUGUCAACAGAGUGGAAGUAAUUGCUUUGAACCAAGCUGAACCUGAGCCUGUGGUCAGUGUUUGUAAAUCAUCAGUCAUUUUGCUGGUCUGGCACUGUUGCUGUCAACUGGGAGUACGUCAAAUACUAUUUGAAUACAUACAUUCCAGCUGUAAAAAUUUAAAACCAGAUGAGUUCACGUUUAGUUCUGAUACUUGCCGCUUUCUUCUCAGUUUUCAGAUGUGAAAAUAUAGCUGAGUACAUAGAGUCCUUGUAAGAAAGCCCACAGAGGGAUUCUGUGUUUUUACUUUGAACUUGACUGUCCUUAGAGCCAUCACCCUAGAUAGAUGCCUUCAGCCAGGUCGUUAUGCAGCUGUAAUUUGUGAAGGGCUUUUUCUUCUUGGACUUAAUCUGAGUUGGAAAAUAAUGUUAUCUUAGUCUUGGGAGCACAGAGCUUUCUGUUGAGGUUAUAAUCAGGUUGCUUCAUUAAUUUGGUUAUCUAGGUAUAAGCAGGUCUGGUCUUCGAGUUGGAGUUCUAAGCCCCUUAUUCCAGGAUACACACACACACACACUCUCUCUCUGCCCCCCCAUAUAUAUGCAUAUGUAUAUAUAUAAAAAUAUAUAUAGUUUAAAAAUUAAAGUAACCUGUAUUUCCUUUGUGUUGGUGGCUUGAGGCUUUGAAAUGUAAGUGAAAGUAGCCUUCACAGACAUGUUUUUGUGGAUUUGGAGAGGCAAAUCUUUGUCCUGUGAUCAUUUCAAAGCACAUUAGGAUUACAAAGUGAUCUGUUAGCAGUUUGAAAUUCUGUAAGGUGUCUUACUUUAAAAAUGAAAAAAAAAAUUUUCCCCUUAAAUUUACCUUGGUUUACUUUGAAUGUUUUUCAGUCUGCAGGAAUCAUUGGUGAGGAUAAGCUGGAUGCAGGUAUGAGGAACAGGAGGAAGAGCAGUUUAUUCCCUUUACUGAUGUGUUUAGUUUUUCAGUUUUCGUGGUGGGAAGCUGGUAGUGAGAGUCCAUCAGAGUGAGUCCUAACACUAGUUUCCUGCGGGGACAAAGAUGAGUUUAUAAGAUGCAGCCUUUAUGGAUGAGUGACAAAUUGCAGGGCAGACUAUGAGAGUUAAGCCAGGGUCAAGCAUGCAAGUGGGUAGCCUGAAUAUAUAAAGGGAGUGUAUUUAUAUAUAUAUAGGUGAGCCCUUCUGUCACCUUUUACUAGAAUGAAGGAAGGAGAAGUGCUGCGAUCGGGAGGCCAAGGACCAGCAGUUGAGACCAGGGGCCUCUUCCAGGUCUGGAAGAGGCCCCUGGUCUGCAGAAUGUGGCCUUUCAUUGGCUCAGUGGGAAAAUGAGUGAGGAUGCAUCCCCCAGGAUCCCUUCUGAGCCAGGAAAAAGUUAACUUAGGUCUUUAGAAGCUAGUGGGAUACCGGAGCCAGAAAGAAUGGGAGAGUGAGUGCCCAGUUCCAGCAAAUGUUACCUUUGGAGGCCAGUUUUCAUCAGCUGAGGAACAGUUUUGGUUCAGAGAAAAGCCCAAUGCUUCUCAGCAUCAACUACAUACAUUGUGCAUGUGAAAUUUUGAAAAAAUUUGCACUGAUAAGAAAUGGUUUGUAAAGUGUACAACAUUUGUGUUUUAAUAAAAGUUGUGACUCUAAAAGAUUUUGACAGAUGAAGUAAAAAGUGGCUCAACACAUGUGUUUGGCUAUUUUUCCCCUCCACAGGCUGCAAGCUACAGGGAGAGCUUUGCUAAUAAACCCACCCCUGAACCACCAUUUAGUGCAAGAAAUCUAAUUGUGUUGUACCCAGGAUCUGUUAUAGUUUAGCCUUGUCUAAACUUGAGUGACUUUCAGAUUUCUUUCCUCUCUUGCUUGUCUCACAGUUGUUUGAUCACGUCGUAUUUAGAUUUCUCAUAAUGGGGCCCAUUUAUAUAUUGUGAAGUAGUAGUGAUCUUAAGAUCCAGCAUACCUCAGGGUCUUCUGGCUCUUAGCAUUGUAAAGGUUUCUAACCUGAUAACUGCCUUUUUUUUUUUUUGUAUUUUAUAUGUUUUUCUACAAAAUAAUGUGAGUGUUAAACAUGUGUAAUUAUAUAUGACUGCUGUUUUUACUUUGAAAAUUUAAACCCUGCCUGGAAGAAUGGAAUAAACUGUUUUUUAUAGGUAGCUGUAGGCUAAUCCCAGCUUGUCCCUGUGUGUGAACCUCCUUCCCUAUUAAUUUUAAAGGCUGAGAGAAGAAACAGUAAUUCAGUGUUGAAUGAAAUAAAAAUUAUUUUUAAAAAUUU